AUGGAGAGAAGAUAUAAAGAUAGAUAUAUUCGAGAGAUUAUAAAUAAACCUAGAAUCAUCUCAUUCACUGCUAUUAAAGGAUGUGAAGAUAGCAAGUGUAAUCAAACAAAUAAAGAACAACAUGAUAGAGUCAUUAAAAGUGUAUUAUGUAAUUUGGUAUUGUUUAGAAAGAUUAUAUUGGCAACAAAGAAAAAGAAAGAUGUAGUGUAUUACAAGUUUAAUCAACUACCAGAAAAGAUAGGUUGGUAUCUUCGUUGUGGUUAUAUUAAUCUAUUAAAAGAAAGAAUUGAAAGAGAAGAAAAAGAAUUGUUACAAUUCAAUAAACAACAACAACAACAACAACAACAACAAAAACAACAAAUAACAAUCACCGACGAUAAUUCAUCCUCUUCUUCUACAACUUUUUCUUCUUUAAAUUUAUUUACGAUUAAAAAAGAUUAUUUAUUUGAACAUCAUUUAAAAUGGAAUUUUAAAACAACUGAAGAUAUAUGUUCAUUUAAUGGUCAAGAUGAACAACACUUGGAGUUAUUUAAAUAUCUGUUUGAAAAGAAACCUGAAUGGUUUCUUAAUCCUGAUUGUCUCAAGAUGGCAGCAAGUAAAGGGAAUUUGGAGAUAUUUAAAAUAUUGUUUACAGCUGCAAUUAAAGGAAUACAUCCAGAUAUGGCAUUGCAUCUAUUGGAAAUGAAUCAUUAUCAAUUCAAUGUGACCAAACCAAUCUUUUUGGGAGAUGGUCUCUCUAAACUCAACCAAUCAGAUUUAAUCAAAUUCGCGAGACUGUUUGUCGAUAUUGUCAACGAGAAUGAUGGAAUCUCAAUGAACAAUAUUUUUAUCUUUAACUCUUAUUUCGACACUCUACUCUGGCCAACUGUGGAUAUGGACACUAUCAUUUAUGCAGAUGGUCACUUUAAAUGUGACCUUUCUGCAUUUGAAUUUGUCAUUGGACCAUUACUCAGUACUGGUGGUGCACCCAAAGACAUGGAUCUCGAUCAACACAUUUACUUUAUCAAACAAGUCUUGCUACGGUACAUUGAACCAGAUGAAUAUCAUCAAUUGGUUGAUACUGCAAACAUAUUUGAAAAAAGAUCAAGAUCAAUUGAUAAAGAACUAGACGAUUAUUAUCAUUACUCUGACAAUAUGGAGAUCUCGAGUAUGUACGGUCGCGAUCCUUCUGAUUAUGACGAUUAUGACGAUGAUGAUAACCAAGAACAAGAGGAUCAACUCAAUGACGAUGAUGAUGAAAAUGUCUACGAAUUCGAUCGAUUUGUUCAAUUAUCAACCAAACAAUCUCGAUGGUAUAUGUUUUUGUUUAGUAUGUUUGUACCAAACGAGGAUCGUGAUUGGAAACCAUAUCAUAUUUUCAAAGUACGUGUAAAGGGGGAAGAAAAGGCAGAGUUUAUCAAAAUGGUGUGCGAAAAGUUUGGAUGGCAAUUUAUUAUGAAUUAUGGUACAUUGGAGUAUGUUCGAUUGGCACAUUUAUUGGGUUUGGUCGACCCAAAUCAACCAUUUUAUCCAAAACAUAAAGAUAUCAAUCAAACUUUGGCAAUCAUGAAAUAUCUACACGACAAUGGAAUCAACCCAUUUACAAGUAACUUUGUUAAAAGUUGCGGCAAGGGUGAUGACAAGGCGAUCGUCUUUUUACAUCUAAAUUACCCUUAUCUUAUCAAUCAACAAGACACUAUUAAAUAUAUCACGGAAUAUGGUCACUAUCAUCUUACUAGUGUACUAGUUGUGCCUGAAGUAAUUCAAAAUGAAGAUCCAAUGGCCUCGCAACUACCUUGUGAAAUCAAGGAUAGCAGUAGUGGUGGUGGUGGUAUCAAUUCAACGUCUCUUGGUGUAUUGAUUAAAUUGAUUGGAUUUUCUCUUUACUACUAUUACGAUGAUCGUGUUGGUCAAGAGAGUUUUCAACUCUUACAACAGUAUUACAAUGAUAGCGAUAUUAAAAGAGUGUCUGUUGAAUCAACCUAUCAACAACAAUUAGAGAUUUCAACUCGAAACAAUCAAAUUGAAAUUGUCGACUGGCUACUCUUUAAACAAACAAAAUUCAAACCAACCUCUUCAACACUUACCAACAUUCUCUCUGAAUCAUACAAUCGACAAUCAUGCAAUCACCAAUUCAAAGCACUUUACCAAUUAAUCAAACAGUAUUAUCGAGAUCACAAUGACCCAGGAAAACUAUUAGAAUUCAAUUGGUCAACUUGGCGAGCAAUAGCAUCAAGAGGUGACACUAAAACAUUUGAUAGAUUCAUGACAAAACACAAACCUUUGGAAGACUUUAAAAGUUUAAUCGAUGAAGCCAUCACUUCAAAUCAACUAGCAUUUAUUCAACACUUAUACACCCAAUACGGGUUUAAACCCAAUGCCAACUUUCUCACAACACUCAUCCGCGACCGACCAAUGAUAAUGAAAUACUUUUUAGAUUUGGCUCACCAAAACAAUGAUCAAGAUGGUACACCUAAAAUAUGGAUUGAAAGAUGUUUUUUAUUUAAUAACUUGUCUUGUUUCAAAAUGUUAUUGGAUCUCGAUUAUUUGGGGUCGUCAACCCUUCAAUCGAUCCUUGUUGACCGUUAUAAACCAGUCACCUCUGGAUCCAGAAGUUCAAUUGGAUAUCUCAAUCUAUCACUGAUCACCUAUCUAGCUCAUCAUGGAUAUAUUGCAAUCGACGAUAACCUAUCAAAUUAUAUUCCAUUUGCAAAUGAACUAUUAUUGGGAAAAGAAGAGUGA